AAUUCUUAAAAUUUUCUUUUAAAGUCCUUCCAUUGAAUUAUCUGCUGCAUCAAACUUGGUUAUUGAGCUUCAAGAAAAACUUGAGGAAGAGAAAAUAAAAUUUUUGGAGCAACUUGAAGAGCAAGAGAAAAGAAAAAAUGAAGAAAUGCAAAACUUUAGAAUGUCUCUGACUGCAGAACAGCAGACCAAUUUUAACACCGUGCUGACAAGAGAAAAAAUGAAGAAAGAAAACAUAAUAAAUGAUCUUAGUGACAAAUUAAAAACAAUAACCCAACAGCAAGAAAGGGAUAAGGAUUUGAUUGAAACACUUUCUGAAGAUCGUGCUCGAUUACUGGAAGAGAAGAAAAAACUUGAAGAAGAAGUGAAUAAGAUGAGAAGCAGUAAUUUUAUUCCAUCAGCAUAUUUACCUACAGCUUCAGAAUCUUGUGGAGCCUGUGCACCUGAUCUCGCAGCUGAAACAGAAAGAGUGGCUUCAGAGAUUACAGAUGAAGGAAGGCUGGAUUCAGCAAUGGAAACUAGCAUGAUGGCUGUGCAUGAAAACAUCCAUAUGUUGUCUGAAGAAAAACAGAGGAUAAUGUUGUUAGAAAGAACAUUACAGCUUAAAGAAGAGGAAAAUAAGCGAUUAAAUCAAAGAUUGAUGUCCCAAAGCAUGUCUUCAGUGUCUUCAAGACAUUCUGAAAAAAUAGCUAUCAGAGAUUUUCAGGUUGGCGAUUUGGUUCUCAUUAUCUUGGACGAACGCCAUGACAACUAUGUAUUAUUUACUGUCAGUCCAACACUGUAUUUCUUACAUUCAGAGUCUCUUACUGCGCUGGAUCUGAAGCCAGGUGAGUGUGCUUCAGGUGCAUCUAGAAGACCUUGGGUGCUAGGAAAAGUAAUGGAAAAGGAAUAUUGCCAGGCAAAAAAGGCACAAAACAGAUUUAAAGUUCCUUUAGGUACAAAAUUCUACAGAGUGAAAGCAGUGCCGUGGAACAAAAAAGUAUAACACAGUGAAAACUCUGUUUAUUCUGUCUCAUUCUUUUCUGGAUUGUCCUUCAGUGCUCAUUCAUCGCUCCAAGUAGCAGGCCAUCUUUUUAUACUGAGGUCAUGUGACAAUAUGCUUCACAGAUAUACUACUUUUAAUUUUUAAUAGGUUACAUUUUAGAAACAAGAAUUUCAUUAAAAUCCCUGGCCCUAUAACUGUUCCAAUUUUUCUACCCAAAUAACUUUAGGAGUGUGGACCAAAGGAGUUCAUUAUCACAAAGGGCAAACCUUGUGCAUCAUGGCUUAUUAUUAGCCAUGUUAAUUGCCUGUUAAAUAUACAUUAGCUUGUAUUUAGAUGUUACAUGUUAGUUACCAUUAUUAUCGGCAUAUGUCCUUUUGUGAAAUCAUUUAAGUACUUGCACUCUUUAACAGAUUCUUUAUAAUAUGUAUAAAUUCAUCAGCUAUUUAAAGAGAAGUGUUCAUUGCAUGCCAAUAAUCAUAAUUUUUCUUCAACAUGAGUUUGCCUCAGUAGAUGAAUAAAGAUAACUACUACAUCUUCUUUCAUUACAUUAAAAUGCCCUUUAAUGUUUAAAAAACCAACCUUGUAAUUUGAUGGACUGAUCUGAAGAUCAGUCCCAGGUAAAUCUGCAAUCUUCAAAAGCACUUUUGAUGGAUUGAUCACAAAGAUUCUGAAGGGAAGAAUCCCUGUGCUGUUAGAUUUAAAGUGAAGCACUUGAACCUUCCCAACAACACAGAAGUCUUGUAUUAAUCUAUUUAGAAAAAUCAUAUUGAUGAAAAUUGUAUUUCAUGGUUGAGUUUCAGGAAAAAACUCAUUGUACAUUAACCAUACAAGAGUCAUUUAAGUAACAAAUUAUUGUAAUUGUAAAAGACAUGUAGACUUUUAAAACAAUAAAGAUUUGAACCUGAAAAUAUC